AUUUAUAGAGCACUUUCAAACAUCUUGAAUGUUACUGUGAUUUUUAACCACAUAAUCUUUUAGACAUGUGUUUGGUGAAUCAGGAUUUGACUCCAUGAUCAAUGACUUAAAAAGUCUCCGCAAGCUCCUUCGGAUAAAAUGGUCAAAGUGGUGGUUGUCCUGUCUUUCCUACUGUUUUGUUGGGCGGAUAGCACACACCUUGUUUUCCAGCCAUCGUUCAUUAUUGCCACUGGACCGAGAAUCACAACAUUUUUACUUGGAAACAUAAAAGACGUCUCUCUGAAUGUACGCAAAGUAUUUCCAUCUAACGUAACAGGAAGCAUCGACCCUCCAUCGUGUGCAGCUAACGAAACUUUGUGGAUUGUCACAAAGGAACUGGUUGGAACGAAUGCACUCCGGGUUAAUCUGCAGUUAAAUAAAAGCCUGCAUUUGUGUGGUGAUAACGAAACCGACUGCUGUCCAAAGCCGAUGUGUGUCCUCGAGAGCCUGCAGGUAUCUGCCUGUGUGGCCAACGCGGUUCAGGCAUCAUUGCUGAUACAGGCCAAGAUUCAUGCUCAUUUGAUUUCUGCUUUUCCUACAACAGACAAUCAAACGGUCAUUCCAAACCAAGUGUAUGAACCUCUGGGCUCCUGUCCAUGUGACCUCACUGCUAGGACCUGUGAUAUCCGCUGUUGUUGUGACAAGGACUGUUCGCCUGAAGAGUUGAUGCUGUUCCAGUCACACUGUCACCCAGGACCCUUUGGUGGGCAGCUCCCUCUGGUUCCAGACUAUCACUGCUCUGCGCAAAGAGACAACUCCCCAGAUUGGUUCCCCUUUCUGUGUGUCAUCUCCCCACCAGAAAACAACCCAUAUCUGGGACUGUUCUACAAUGGAGACAAAAUAAUACCAAAGCCUCGCCCCUCCUUCCAAAUCCCUGUUUUGUCUGAACCAGUUUUUAAUACCUACAGACAAGGAAAUCCCAUUUUUACUUUGGAUGAUCAAUUGUUCACUAUUCCCCAGAUGGCAAUUGGACACUGUGUUGACAAUGCUCCUGUAGCCUUUUUGGAGAAUUUUAGUCACAAAUGUGUAAACCUGCUGAACUCUUGUCCAACUGCUUUCCCUUUUCGAACACUUGCAUCAGAUUUAAGAGUUCGAGUGAACAAUGGACAAGGAGGUGAUGUCACGGUCAUAGUCAGAGAUGAAUUGAUAGGGGAUUUGAGUCAAUUCCUGUCAAAUGCAGUUGUUAAUCCAGAUGAAAGCCUGGUCUGUGACAAUGUCACCUUGGCGUUGGAUUACACAUUCUACUGGAAAAGAAAUCACAUCACAAAAGUCAUCCUGAUACGCUCUGUCGGAACAGUCAUUUUCAAAGGAAGCGUGGACUUAACUACGAGGUAUUCUGCUGUUUUCCUGACGAGAGAUUAUGUGGGAGAGUCCAACUCGGGGAAUCCAGGUUAUCAAGUGGGAAAGCCCGUCAUUGCCGGAAUUAAGCGCACACAGAACACUGCUUUCUCUGUUCAGAGGACAUCAAUCAAUCUCUGGAAACCAGUGCGUGAUGGGCUAUGUUUCACUGCUGAGAAACAACCAGUUCUGUUCGCUAUGAAUUCAACAUCAGGAUGUCAUUUACAUGUCAGCCUCCAAAAUCUGACCCAGUGUGAUCUCCUCAGAGCCACUGUUGGUUCUUUGCAGACAAACAUGAUCACAGCCACAUAUGUUGCAAACAAAGGAAACCCAAAUUCUGAAAAAGAGGCAGACUGGGUCAAAAUAAGCUAUAUGAACUCGAGCAAUUCUUUGGAAGUUGGAGAUGGUUCGUGUGGUGGGAUUCCGUCCCACAUCCAUAUCUCCAUUUGGAGCCUAGUUACUGAGACGACUGAAGGAACUGCUCAAAGCAAUAUCCAAGCUAUACAAGUUCGGUCCACACUGUCCACAUGGACAUUAGACUGCGGAGGAGGGGAUUUGUCUCCAUGUGCAGAUCCUACAGAGACCCAGAUGUUUCAUGUGACUUCGUCAGUUACCUUUAUUGAGAUUCCAAUCCAUCAUGGACCUCCAAAAACCAGGUUCCAGAUAAACUUCACAGAGUAUGAUUGUAACAAAAAUGAUGUAUGUUGGCCUCAUCUUGCCUUCCCCUUGACCAAAUAUUACACUGGUGAACCACAUUCUCAGGCUUUGGCUAAAGGCCUAAUUUUGCUCUUCUUUUUCAUCGCUGCCUCACUUCUUGGGACUCCCUGGAGGCAAAUCCGGCAGGCAUGGAAUAGUUCUUCUCGUGCUGUAAUACGGGAUUACUGAAGAGAUGCUUGUGUGAUACAGUUAUCUAAGAACAGUUCUUACACUGGUUGUAGGUUUACUCUUUAGAUGUGUUAUCUAGAACAUGCUAUGUUCACACAGUUCAGAGAUUCACGUGCGUGCAAGCAAAUUAUGUCAACGUUCACCAUUAGAUAGCUAUCAUAUAGCAGAGCGCUUGAGGUGAACGCUCAGUUCUCCAGCCACCAGUCCCUAUUUCCUUACUUGGACUGUAAAGUUCUUUGUACUGUUGGUUCAUGUUUAUAUUGUGUAUAGUGGCAGGUGCACCAUUUUGUUCUGAAAUAAAAAAUGAGUUGAAUGUUA